AUGUUCUCUCUUUUCUUCUCUCCCGGUAUCUUCGACUGUGUGAGGGACUUCGGGGCAGCCAAGCGUUUCUACAGCGCCACGCUUCCCCUCAUCGGCCUAGAUCUCGUCUACGACAGCACUGCUACCAUGCACGAUCCUCCCUCUGGCGACGAUGGCCCCAGAACGCUAGGCUUUGGACCCAACGCGGACAAAGAGCUGCUCAACAUCUUCGAGUACGGCGCGCACGCAUCAGCCCCGGGGCCCGGCAGCCACAUUGCUUUCAACACGGACAGCCGGGCCAGCGUGGACCAGUUCUAUGAGGCGGCAAUCGCGAACGGCGGGCAAAGCAAUGGCGCACCGGGCGUGCGGCCGCACUAUGGGAGGAACUAUUAUGCUGCGUUUGUAAUUGAUCCUGAUGGAUGGAGGUUGGAGGUUGUUUGUCGAGAUACCUGA